AUGCUCAGUUUGGGCACUUACUUAAUGGCUAAGUUAACGUCGUUGUUUCUGGGUAGCGCAAAAAAUAGGAACUUGAAAAUUAAUCGGCAGCUUCUUAAUUACAAUAACAAUGAGAAUAAGGAAACAGUAGAGAAAACAAACAUCGACACGCUAUUUGACGAUAUUGUUGUAUCAACGCCGAACAUUCAGACACAUGCUGCUGCUGCUUCAGAGAAUAGCAAGUCGAAUAGGAAAGAAAUAAAUUUGACUUAUCGAAACACAGAUGGUAUACUGAUACCAGAGGUCGGGGAUAAGGAUUUAUUGAACAUUGCAGAUGAUGUGUCAANAUAUGUAUCAAAUGUAACAAAUAACGAGGAAGUCUCACUAAGUACUAUAUUUGAUACAUUGAAAGAUAUUCAAGAACGAUUGAAACGAAUAGAAAAAAAUCAACUACGCAUACUAGAAGCGAAGACAUCAGAAAAUUCUAUAUCAAAAUUCACACUGGAUAAACUGUACAUCAUGGUAAAAAACUUACACGAUAAUCGGUCUAUUGUUAAAGACACAGGUUCAAAGCCGACAACUGACUGCGAAGAGCCAAAUGAAUUGGAAAGAAAAUUCAUUUUUCCAUUAAAUACAGUUUCUGAUGUUCUGGCAUUUAACUUAGCACUCAGUGAUAAAGAUCCAAGCUACAAGAAAUAUUUGCUUAAUACUUUUCAAAAAAUUGGCGGCACAGAAGGGAUGNAAGACGGAAAAAUCGUCGCUAAAAAUUUAUUAGCCAUUCUUUUUACAAAAGAAGUGUUGACGAAGUUUUCAUGGACAGGAAUUUCUAGGACCGAGGGUGUAAAGAAGGAAGCGUUUCAAUCGUGCCACGGAAUCAUUAAUUUCUUUGCGGAAAUUGUUGGACUUGCAGAUUCGCGGUGGAAUGUUACAAAAAACGAUGAUUUAUUUAAGAAGCAUAUUUUAAAACAUGCUAAGCAAAUCAAUGAUGCUGCCAAAAAAAAGAAAUCACCUAAUACAAGAAACGAGAGAACUGAUGAGGUACCAAAUGUUGCCGAUGCAAUUGUGGAUAACAGAAAUGUAAUGCAGAAUAAUGAAAUUAUCGACAAGGAUAAUGGUAUGCCUUUUGAAGCAAAAAUAUUCAAUCGAGAUGAUGCAAAAGGUUUUGUAAAAAAAUNGUUUUUGCUUUUAAGACUAACACCAUAG